AUGGACUUGAUGGUCAAUUCAAUCGCAACUCUAACUGCAGUUAGAGUUGCUACUGCUUCGGCCAACAGAGGUGAUGAGAUGUACUUGGAAGAAGUGGUGCCCCUUAAACUGAUUUGGGUUGAUGGGGUUUUGAUUAACCAGCCGAAGCCAGCUGAUCCAUCUUCUAUCAAUGAAGCGUCGAAGAAGGAUGGGAGUUUUCGGUUUUGUAUUGACUAUCGGGGUUUGAACCGAGUUACUGUGAAAAACAAGUACCCUCUCCCGAGGAUUGAUGAGUUGUUGGAUCAGUUGAGGGGUGCUACUUGGUUCUCCAAGAUCGACUUGGCAUCAGGAUAUCAUCAGAUUCCUAUACAUGAGGCAGAUGUGAGGAAGACGGCCUUCAGGACGAGAUAUGGGCACUACGAGUUUGUGGUGAUGCCGUUUGGGUUGACAAAUGCGCCAGCUGCGUUUAUGAGAUUGAUGAACAGCGUGUUCCAGGAGUUUCUGGACGUGUCAGUCAUCAUUUUCAUCGACGACAUCCUGGUAUAUUCUAAGAGUCCUGAGGAGCAUGCAGUACAUUUGAGAGCAGUGUUGGAGAAGCUGCGGGAGCAGAAGUUGUUUGCUAAGCUGAGUAAGUGCAGU